AUGGCGAGUCUGAGGUGGAGUCCUGACAACAGCAUGUUGGCGGUAGAGGCGCACGAUGGGAGAAUAUUCUUGCAUGACGACCAGGGGAAGUUUCAGGAAAUCCUUGCCAACGAACCUGUCGUGGAGGAGUCAAGGGCAGGAAGCUACAGGUCGGCAAUGUCAUGGGCACCAAAACAUCAGAGGCUUUAUUUUGCACACGGACAAAGGAUCAUGACUUGGGACUCGACAACAAGUAGGACAGUCGAGACCUUUGAGAUGCCGUCAAGGGUCAAUGCCCUGGCUAUGAAGACGGAUGACGCCCUGCUGGCCAUCGGGCAAAACUCAGGAGCUUUAGACAUACUGUCGAAACUGGAAUACUCCAUAUUCAGCAAGUCGAUAUUGGGCGGUAUCGGAAACGACGGUGUGUUGCGACUCUGGGAUACAGGAUCGACAGGAUCUACUGCAAUUUAUCAUAGCUUCGAGCAGAAGCACGACGUUCCCAUCAACGGCAUGACCUUCAGUCCCUUCAACCGAUUUCUCAUUUGCACGGUCGGUCUGGACAAGCGCUACACACUCUACGACGUGGACCAGAAGAGUGUCGUCAAGACCAGGAACGUGGAUCACGCACUGACCUCGGUGACAUUCAAAAACGACGGUUUCUCUAUGGCAUUCGGAACAGACCAAGGAAAAAUCCUGCUCUAUGACUUGCGAUCAACCAACCGACCCAUUUCUACCGUCGACAGUAACGUCAACGCUCCUAUAACAUCGAUCCAUUUCCAAGGAAGGCGGAGUUCGGCCCUGCGGAAGCACCAAACCCUUAACGGCUCCGCAUUGAAGAGACAAAACUCGGCAGGAGCAAAACCAUCGCUCUUUUCGCCAGAGACGCCGCUUGGAUCGAUCUCAACAACAACACCCAUGGCCAGGUCGCAGACCCUUGGAGAUACCCCUUCGACACUGGCUACUAGAUCAACUCUCACCAGGCCAGCUCCUCUCAAGACAGGUACAGGAAGUCAUUCAUCUCUUGGUAACGUCUCAGGAAGCAGUAUCUUCAAGUCUACCCGGGAAACUCAGUCGGCAGGGCUCGGCGGCAAGGGCAUCAUAGAUCUGUUUGCCUCUAGACACGCAACAGACAAGGAUACACACUUGACGACAGGAGGGCAGGAUCGGAUAACACCCAAAGUGCGACGACCUACCGCACCCGCAAGUAUCACAACAGAAAAGAGCGCUCUCGGUGACGCGCUUGGAUCGUUUCAAUCCUCUGCUCCUCCCACUGCAGGCUCGGAAGGAACUACAGCAGCACCUUCGGGAUUCAUCUCCAUGCCGACAACACCGGGCAGAGAUCAACCUCAGCCAAAUUCCGCCAGCUACCCCAACUCGAGGACCGUUUCGCCAUUUGCGUUCCAAAGCAGGCAAUCGCAUUCACCCUCAGGCGAGAGCUCGACAUCGUCUUCUUCGGUCAAUACCCCGCCAGGAUCUCCUGGUGCUCGUGGAUUUUCCUCUGAGCAACACACCAACCCGUUGAAACACCAUCAUUACUCGUCGGCAGAUUCGCUCUCAAAAUCGCCUUCGCGCGCAUCACGCGCCAAGCGCCGGAAAUCAUUCGGAACCUUGAUGGCCUCGGGUGGCGUAGCCUCUAUGUCAGGAACGCCGGAUCCGCUGUCGGAGGAGAAGAUGGAAGUUUUGAGAGGCCAGAUUGUAGAUCGGGUGCGGAACGUGUUACUGGAUCAACCUACAGAGUCCACAGUCGUGAAGCAGAGCAGGUCUCAGAGCGGGGGUGCUAGUGGAAGUGUUGGCCGGACUUGGCCUACAUCUGCAGCUGCAGUUGCAGUGGCGCCGGUUGCUGCUCCAUCGACGACAAAACCUGCUGCCGCUUCAGCUCCUAUCAGGGAUCUCUGGAUGCAAGUCGGACUUGGGCGUGGCAGCAGUGGUAGUAACAAUGUAGGUGGCAGUCAUACCUCCAGGACGAAAGGUGCUGUUUCGAACAAUACAGCAUCGGCCUCGGCAACAGCGCUGGGACUCCCAUUAGCUGCACUAGACAUGGCCCUCGAUCCCCCUUCAGAGACUGUGACAGCGUCUUCUUCGUCGUCAUUCCAAUCCAAGGUGCUGGAGAGCGUAAUUGAUGGCUGUCUAAUGGAGUUCAGGGCGGGGAUCAGGAACGAUAUUCAGAACAUGCACUUGGAGUUGUUAAGGCAGUUCCAGAUACAAAAGAUGGAAAUUGAGGGUCUGUUGAAGGAGUAUACCGACACGCGGGAACUGCAGGAGGAGAAUCAGCGAUUGCAAGAAGAGAACCAGAGGUUAAAGAUGAAUUAUUAG